AUGCGUUUCUUCAUUCCUCUCCUCUUGGUUCCUUUGGCCCUGGCUGCCCCCGAGGCUCGGCCUAACCCCGUCGCCGCACCGGCACCGGCCGCUACCGGUGGUUUACUGGAGGAAUUGCCCGAGAUUCUGAGCGGAGUACAGGGUCUCUUGACGACCGAUAAUAUCAACAAGCUGGACACCAUUCUCGAUGGUGCGGCGAAGCUGCUCAAGUCCGAUAAUAUCGAUAUCCUGCAAGAUAUCUUGAACAACGCCCACACUCUGCUGACCAAGAGCUUUGUCGAUAACACAACUACCCUCAUUGGGGAUGCUACGCCGCUGGUCGAGGAUAUUUCUAAGCUUCUGGGGGGUGUGCUAGGGUCACUGUGA